UUUUCGUUUUUUCUUUUUCUACACUUCCUACUCAGACAAUCGUCUGAAAGUCAGCUUUUGAUGUGGGCAAGAAGAACGCGUUCCGAGUUAUAAAAGUGAAAACUGCCAAGCGCUUCUUCCUCACUUGUCUUCAGACUUCAGAGUACCCCAGAAGAUGUCUCUGAACUCCGACCAAGAAAUGGACAAACACAGAGAAGUGAUUAAAGACGAAGAAGCAAAACCGGUGGGAGAAAGGCGGCGUACCCAAUAUGUAAGGAAUGGAGAACAAAAACCAGAAGAAGAACUAGAGCAAGAAAAGCACACCGUCUCAGACGCACCACCACCACCCAUCAGGGCCAUCACCCACUCUUCACCCAGAUACCACAAACCCUCAACGCCACCGUUAGAUUCCUCACCACCCUCUUCGCUUUCCUCCCAUCAAUCCUUUCAUGAAUAUGAACUCAGUCACCCUACCGCACCCCUUGAGACCUCACUGCCGGCCGUGGCGAACCGGGUGGUCCAGGCCGACCCAGUGGUGGGGACCAUGGCGAACCCAGUAGCCCAAGAGGGCUUCAUCAGCGUCGGAGAUGUUGAAGCGGGCGCUAAUAAACGUGGCGGUGGUGACCAAAGAAAGAGACCAAAUUCGUCGAUUUCGAGGUGGAAGAUGACGGAAAGCAUGUUGGAGAAGGCCUUGAUGGGGUUAAGGAUUUCUGGGUUUGUGUUUUGCUUGAUCUCGUUUUCGGUUAUGGCGGCUGACAAGGCUCAGGGUUGGGCUCUUGAUUCUUUUAACCAGUACAAGGAGUUCAGGUACUGUAUGGCUGUAAAUGUGAUAGGGUUUGCAUAUUCAGGGCUGCAAGUGUGUGAUCUGGUCCAUCAUUUCACCACCGGGAAACAUUUAGUCCGGCACCACCACCGUCACUACUUUUAUUUCUCUAUCGAUCAGAUGUUGACUUAUCUUCUGAUAUCAGCCUCAUCAUCGGCUGCCACCAGAGUUUAUGACUGGAAGUCCAACUGGGGCGAAGACAAGUUUCCUGAAAUGGCGAGCGCGUCCGUGGGAUUUUCCUUUGCUGCAUUUCUGGCCUUUGCCUUGAGUUCUCUCAUUUCUGGCUAUACCAUCUGUAAAGCUUCAUAGUUAGAUACCAUUGCUGUAUCAGUAAAUUAUACGACGUCUGAGUUUUGAAGAACCUUUGUUUCCCCUCCCUGUAGUGCUAAAUUAUGAUAGAUUGUUGGAAAAGAAAAAUUACUGCUGAAGAAAUGUUUUAAAGCAUUGUAUAAAAGUAGAUGUUUGCGUUUCUGAUGAA